GCGCAUCCGUUCAGCGAGCGCCUCUUCCUCCUGCCGCCACCGCCGUUGUGUUUAAUCACAAUUAGGUGUGACUGAUGCUGCUGAUGCUGCACGGGUGCCGGCUCGGCUCGGUACCGGACUUUAUUACUGGACCUGCUUGUGGAUUUGUUGUCGACUGACUGCUUUUUAAGAAAGGAGGCGGAACCGAGUGCAAGGAGGGAAAAUGUGCAGGCAGCACACUGGCUUGCAAUGUGGCUUCACAACGACUGGACUCCACCUGGAUGUUUACUUUUGGAUGUCUCUCUAAAUGUGUGUGUGUGUGUGUGUGUGUUUCUAUGGUGACCUGCUGAUGCUCUCAAUGUUGCAUCCCUCCACCAACCAUCUCAUUUCUCUGUAGGGGAAAAAAAGUGAAUGUGGAUGCUGUUUCCAGGUGCCUUGAACACAUCAUGAGCAAAGACAGAGUUGAAGAAGAGUGAUGGAAGUGAUGAUGAUGCUAGCAACGAUGUCGUCUUCUUAAAACACUCCACUGAGGCCUACAACAAACACACACACACACACACACACCUGCUAUAGAGGAGAAGGUGAGGCCUCAUGAGUGAGGGGUCACUCAAAAGGGACAACGACACCAGCCGGGACUUCUUGGAAGCCAUCGACGUGGCAACGCAGUGAGACGGUCAGCCUGCAGACACUGAUGUGACUGAGCUCUUUUCUUCACCAGGUAGCAACCCAUCUUUACUGGCUGCAUGGACACAUCGUCAAAGUCGUGGCUGCCACAUCAGGGUCAGUUUGGGUUGGGUGGUCAAGUGGAGGUGUGCUGUGGUGGACCCGGCGUUUUGACCCCAAACCAAUCACGCAGGGCAAGUUUUGCCUCCGUGAGACAGUCAAGCAUGGAAACUCCCCCGAAUGCCACCCCGCAGACCUUCAGGCAGCCGAGUUUCCUCAAUCGGAGGUUAAAGGGCUCCAUCAAGAGGGCCAAAAGUCAGCCCAAACUGGACCGGACCAGCAGCUUCAGGCAAAUGAUCUUGCCUCGGUUUCGUAGCGCCGAUCAAGAGAGGACACGGUUAAUGCAGAGCUUCAAAGAAUCCCACUCCCACGAGUCCCUGCUUUCUCCCAGCAGUGCUGCCGAGGCUUUGGACUUGGUUCUGGACGAAGACGCCAUUAUAAAACCAGUUCAUUCCAGCAUUUUAGGACAAGAGUAUUGCUUUGAGGUAACCACCAAUUCAGGGACAAAAUGUUUUGCCUGCCGGUCUGCAUCAGAGAGGGACAAGUGGAUUGAAAACCUGCAACGCGCUGUCAAACCCAACAAGGACAACAGCAGGCGAGUGGAAAACGUGCUGAAGUUGUGGAUCAUUGAAGCCCGAGACCUCCCGGCGAAGAAACGCUAUUACUGUGAGCUGUGUCUGGAUGACAUGCUCUACGCCCGCACCACCAGCAAACCUCGCACAGACACCAUCUUCUGGGGGGAGCACUUUGAGUUCAACAACCUGCCCACCAUUCGUAGCCUUCGUUUGCACCUUUACAAGGAGACGGACAAGAAGAGACGCAAGGAAAAAAGCACAUACCUCGGCCUCGUCAGCAUCCCCAUAUCCAGCAUCACGGGUCGGCAGUUUGUGGAGCAGUGGUACCCCGUCAUCCAGUCCAGUGUUUUGGCCAAGAGUGGCGGCGUCGGCAGUGGGAAAGUUAUCAACGCCUCGCUCCGCGUCAAGUCCCGCUACCAGACCAUGAACAUCCUUCCCAUGGAGCUGUACAAGGAAUUUGCUGAGUACAUCACCAACAACUACCGAACACUGUGUGCAGUCCUGGAACCUCUGUUGAGUGUCAAGAGCAAAGAGGAGGUGGCGUUCGCGUUGGUACACAUCCUCCAAAGCACUGGUAAAACUAAGGAGUUUUUGUCUGACAUGGCGAUGUGUGAGGUGGACCGAUUCAUGGACCGUGAACACAUGAUCUUCCGGGAGAACACGCUGGCCACGAAGGCUGUGGAAGAGUACCUCAAGUUGAUAGGUCACAGAUACCUCAAGGAUGGGAUAGGUGACUUCAUCCGAGCCUUAUACGAAUCUGAGGAGAACUGUGAGGUGGACCCCAUGCGAGUCCCGCCUUCGGUCCUGGCUGAUCAUCAAGCAAACCUUCGCAUGUGCUGCGAGCUCCUCCUCUGCAAGAUCAUCAACUCUCUGUGCAUUUUUCCCCGUGAGCUGAAGGAAGUGUUUGCCUCAUGGAGAGCAAGAUGCGCCGAGCGUGGAAGGGAGGACCUCGCCGACAGCCUCAUUAGCUCAUCGCUGUUCCUUCGCUUCAUGUGCCCGGCCAUCAUGUCCCCAUCGCUCUUCAACCUGACACAGGAGUACCCAGCCGAGCGCACCUCGCGGACUCUCACCCUCAUCGCGAAGGUCAUGCAAAACCUGGCCAGCUUCAGCAAGUUCGGGCCCAAGGAGGAGUUCAUGUACUUCAUGAACGAGUUCUUGGAGAUGGAGUGGGGCUCCAUGCAGCAGUUCCUCUAUGAGAUCUCCAAUAUGGAUGCUGGAGGAAACGCCGGCGGCUUUGAGGGCUACAUUGACCUCGGCAGAGAGCUGUCCAUGCUACACAGCCUACUGUGGGAAGUCAUGGGUCAGCUCAGCAAGGACGCUAUUCUCAAACUAGGGCCAUUGCCUCGACUGCUGAAUGACAUCAGCGUGGCCCUGAGGAACCCUCAGCUGCACACCACCACCAAUCACCAGCCCGAGCGGCCCAAGGACAGACUCUUCUCUCGGCCCACAUUCAAUCGCCUCAUGUCUUCUGACUUCCAGAGCCUGAUGAUGCGCGACUUAAACAGUUCGAUAGACAUCUCCCGCUUGCCGUCGCCCGCCACUGGCAUGUCAGCCGUAGAGUCCCUCUCAUCCAACCUCAACAUGAGGCGUCAGGCAGAACGAGACCUUCGCUCAUCCAGGGAAGUGUUCUACGUCACACGGCCACCACUGGCCCGAUCCAGCCCGGCAUACUGCACAAGCAGCUCUGACAUCACCGAACCUGACCCAAAGGUACACAGUGUUAACAAGAGUGUGUCCAUGAUGGACCUUCAAGACUCACGCAUGAACAGCAUUUCCAACCUGAACUCUGUGGGAGACAUGCUCACCUCCUCCCAGGCCUCCAUUGCCGGCCUGGGCCACAGCUUCGGCAACCUGGGCGGCCCUCUUCGCAUGAGUGGGCACCUUCCCAGUGGCUCGGCAGGGUCCGGCUUGAGGCUGAGCCAGAUGGGCCACAUUGGCGGUCCCACUGAAUCCAUCUCCCAGCAGCAGCAACAGGCGGCAGCCGCCAUGCACUACCCCCUGUCUUUCCAGAACCCUCUCUUCCAUCUGGCGGCCCAGAACUCACCGGCGCAGCCUCCUCCCCCACCGCUCCUCCUUGCCCCGGAGCCAGAGAAUGGCCACCACGACUAUGUGCCGGCGUUCGGCAACAACGCUUUCUCCCGCAGCGAGGACUUGUCGGCCCUGCGCUCUCAGAACAGCCUGGUGCAGCCCAGCAUCGUCCACUCACACAGCUACAGUGACGACUUCAGCCGGCAGAACCAGAACAAUGACUUUGUCUGGCAUCAGCUGUCACUGCAGGUGCAGGAGUCCCUCCAGCAGCAGCACAUGAUGGGUGUCACAUCUCAGACAGGCACUGGCACAGGUACACCCGCCUCCUUGGCCACGCCCCCUACCACUGUUCACCCCGCGCGCCAGUCCUCCAUUGCGUCCCAACUUCUCAAGUCACAGCGCUCCAUCAACACUCCAGCCACCGCCACGCCUCCAAAGGCCCGACCCCAGAGCAGGAACCUCCUCCUGGACUCCUCCGACACCAACUUCAGUGGCAGUCAGCCAAAACAACGACAGCAGUCGCAACAGCAGCAGCAACAACCGCAACAACAACCACAACCGCAACAACAGGAGACACAGAUGCCUGUGACGGACAGUCCGGCUCCUGGUUUGCCUUUCCAGACGGGCUCCGCCAAGGAGAACCAUGUCCCGUCCACGGCCGCCGAGGAGUCGACAGAUACGCCCACAAAAAGCAACAAAAAGUCUCAGCAGCUGCAGCCUCCACAGCAGCAUCUGCUCAAGCCGGUUGUCAAUAAGGGUUCUCAGUCCAACUUGAAUGAACGGACCGUGGCCUGGGUGUCCAAUAUGCCACAUCUCUCUGCCGACAUUGAGAGCCUGCGCCCCGACCGUGAGGGUCAACUCAAGGAGUACUCCAAAAGCAUGGAUGAAUCCCGCUUGGAGAGGGUAAAGGAGUACGAGGAGGAGAUCCACUCCUUGAAGGAGCGUCUGAAAAUGUCUCAUCGCAAGCUGGAGGAGUACGAGCAGCGGCUUCUGUCGCAGGAGCAGCAGACAAGCAAGAUCCUGCAGCAGUAUCAGUGCCGCCUGGAGGACAGCGAGCGGCGCCUCAAGCAGCAGCAGUUGGAGAAGGAUUCUCAAAUCAAAGGCAUCAUCAACAGACUCAUGGCUGUGGAAGAUGAGCUGAGAGGGGGUGCCAUUCCUGAUAUUAAGCCUCGAAUCCUCACAGACCAGUCUAUCAGCCAGGUCUAUGGCGGCCUCCCAGGAUCCUGACUGCCACUUCGAAAGCGACUUGGAUCCGUGAUGGUCAUACAAGUGUGAGCAGACGCCCACUCUGUCUCCACGAGAACAUCUACGGUACCACACAAGGAUACUUGUCGCUACAAAAACUUUCAAAAGAACUUGACAAUCACGUUACGACGGAGACCAAUAUGUACCAAGAAUCACAAGUUGAAGGUAAACCAAUGCCUCAUUAGGAGUUUCCUUAGCUAAAAGUAUUAAAAAAGGACAUUUGGAGAUUUUUGCUGCCACAAUGCAACACUUCUCUCUUCAGGGGCUGCUGACAAAAUGUAGAAAAAGCACAAAGUCCGCCCUGAACGUGAAUAGGCAGAAUGUCCUAUUCAAAUGCAGUCUUUUAGUUACAUAUCAUCAUCGGUGGGCCUGAUUUUGCUUUUUUUGAAUCUUUUUAAUCACAUAAUCAUUCUUUCUAAACAAAUGAUAGCUACUUAUACUCAGUUUAGCUAUACUCAAUUUCAAGCCUUUCCCUCUUUAUUAUAAUGCAUUUCAAUUAUGUAAAACAGCAAAAAAAUAAAUGAAUCACUACAAAGUACAGGUAUGUAAAUAAAUCCUGUAAAUCCUGUGCUAAACAUCCGCAGCUUGUCCAAUUAGGACAAUUCAAGCUGUUUCAUGAGCUCUACUCACACCAGACUAUAAAGCAGGGGUGUCCAAACAUUUUCCACUAAGAAAUCAUAGGACGUUUUGACAUUUUUAAUUUUCUUAACAGGUUAAUCCAACAUAGAUAUGCUAAGAUAAAACAUCCUGCAUCUCAGGUUUGUGUUAAAGGUGACAAAACCUGUUAGUAGUAGUAUUAACAACUACAACUUUUAACCGCAUGCUGAAAAAUCAAACAAUGCUUGGGGCCACUUUGAAAGAUUUUAAUUUUGGAACAAGGCUAAAAAAGACAAAGCUUUGUGUUUUUCGCACUUAUCAUUCUCAACAUUGCAGUUUUCCUCUUUACAUUGUGCCUUUUUGCUCUAUUUUGCCCCAUUUUUACUGUUUUGUUUUUCAUUGAAUUUAUUGCUACAAUGUGACGCAUGCCAAUAACAAAACGAGCUGCAAAUGGCCCAGGGGCCAUUUGCACAUGUUGGAACAUGUCCACAUGUUGGACAUCCUUGUCCUAAAAUGACUCCAAAAAUGUGGGUAGCAGUGAUUGAAAUAUCACUUUAUGUAAAUUGACUCUACUUUACAGCCUGCAUCUCAGCUUUGUGCUAUUGGUGACAAAGCAUAUUUACUGUUGUUGUUUUUUUUUUUUGGUAGUUUUCUUGUGUCAUAUUUUUAGAAUGUGCCACAGGCCAAGAAAAGACAAGCUGCGGACCGCAGAUGGCCCCAGGCCGUUGGACACCCCUGCUGUAAAGCGUCCUUUUUAACAGUUUAAAAAUGACUACUCUAAAUCAUCUAUCUUUAUGGAGGUGCAAUAAAAAUAAGUUAUCCUGUCCUUUAUAUUCUAAACAGGGUCAUUCCUACCUGGUUCCUGGAUCUUAGCAUCCACUUCAGCUUCAACCAACUGCAACAAAAACAAUAUAUUAACAGUCCAUCAUGUCCAGCAUUUUUCAUAUUUUUUUCCCAACGGGGUGUAAAAGACUGUCCCUGUAAGUUAAGUGAUGAAAACUGUGAUGUGAACAAAGCAGUACAGUAUAUCAUAGCAAGUCAUCUGUUGUGUUACUGAUGUGCGAUGGUUCUGCAUGUGCUUUUUAAAAAUGCUAAGAUGAGUAAGUCACAUAUUAUUCUGUUGUACCAAAAAAAACAAACAUUUUCUUUAACCAAACUGCACAUUUUAACUCUUGGCAUCGAUGCGGCGUGAAAGAAGUAGGAAGGACAAGUAUUGUGGAGAACAAGAUGGCGUCCAGGUGCAGGACUAACACUGCCAAAUAUAUAAUACCAACGCCAGGUGUAACAUUUGUAUAUUACAUGUCUAUUUGUAGUUAGGUGAUGAACUAAUGCUGUGUUGGUUAAUGCGUAUGUAUGCGUCAUUUAUAUUACCAUGGCUGAUAUCAUUCACUUAAACCUCUUGCCUUUAAAAAAAGAAUAAAAAAACUUUUGCUUUCAACUAUACAAAAAGUUUUAUUUGAAAUGUACAGCAUUAAUGUUUAAACCCACUUGCCAAUUUAUUAGGCACACCUAGAUAAAACUAAUAUUGUACGGUGGAAUGCAACAGAGUCAUUUAUAAUCAAAGCUAAUAAAGCGACAAGUGUUUAUUUAUUCUUCUAUGUAAAACGUAUUGUAAUAAUAAUCAAUGAGUAGGCCAUCAGGCAUGAACUUGUAAACAGAUUCUCUACUGUACAUUAUUAUUAUUAAGUCAUCAGAGUCUAUAGUGCAAUGAUGGGACAAGGCCUGACCAACACCGGGUUGCAAUAUCAAUUAUAUUCUUUUCAAAUAUAUGUUGAUUUCAUUAGCUUUUUAAUGUUUUUAUAAUUGGCCAAGUUGUACUCAAUAAUGUGGGAAAAACCUUAUAGAAAGAGUAUAUUAACCCCAUGCAUUCUUGAAGUUAAAGGGAAAUUGUACACUAUUUUAAAAACGUUUUGGCCACAAAUUUGGCUUCAACGUUGCUGUGCUAUCAAUUUAUCCUUAUUUUCCUGUUUUUUUCUUUCCAGUAUCGUAUUUCAGUUCCAUUACCAUCACAUAAGUAUGAGAUGAACAGUAUUUAUCAGACUCUCAGGUGUUUGAGGAACACAGAGAUAACCUUUAAAUUGUUUUUCGGUGUCAGAAGCACAAAAUAUAUGGAAGGAAAUUGAGCCGAAGAGCUAAACACUUUUUAAAACAGUGCUGUGUGCUAUACAAACCCCACCUCCUCUAUAUGAAUGAUAGAAUUUGCACCUUGCCUUGUACUAUUAAAUGAAAGAAAUGAGGUAAUUUUUUUGUUCAGAAUAACACAAAUGAUGACAGACCUCAUCGAUUACGUAUAAUAUCUUGUAUAUUUUGAAUACUACUAUCAAUCGACAGUGCAACAUAUAUUUACGUUUCUAUAAUGGAUGUAUAGAGUUUUAGAAUAAAACAUACUAUUUUUUUUCUUGGCAGCUAUUAUCUGCACAAUUGACUUCCUGUGCCACACGAAGGAUCUAAUAGAAUUUGACUGACUUGAUUUUGGCUGAGUGGAUGUAAUCAUUUAUUGACAUUUAGUUUUGAAACAAGCCAUGCCCCAUUGAGAAGCCAUAUCCUACACUCCCCUGAUGUUGUGUGGUGGAUGUUCAAUGUGGAUUUUUUUCUUUGAUUUAAUAAUGCUAUAUUUACUGUAGGUAUGACUGCGUUUGUAAUUCUGAUAAUCUGUGUAUGUGGAUUGAUAUGAUUUGUUAUGUUUAAAUUGAAGGAAUGUAAUCUUUUUUUCAGGUGAUUUUUCUGGGUGAUUUCAAUAAAGUAAUACAUUUAAAGAUAAAUAAGCUUU